GAAUCUUGUCAAAAAUGUAGCUCAUUAUUUCGUCUGCGCCUUUGCAUUCCCAUUACGUAGCGCAGUUACCCACGGAUGUAUAGUCUCCACAAUCAAACUGUUUCUUCCAGAUGGAAUGGAAGCUCGAUUGCGAUCAGAUGUUAUCCAUGCUCCAUUGCCAAGUCCUGUUGACAAGGUUGCUGCUAACACUCCCAGUAUGUAUUCUCAGGAAUUGUUUCAGCUUUCACAGUAUCUACAGGAAGCCUUACAUCGGGAACAAAUGUUGGAACAGAAGCUGGCAACCCUUCAGCGAUUACUUGCUGUCACGCAAGAGGCUUCAGAUACUAGUUGGCAGGCUUUAAUAGAUGAAGACAGGCUGCUAUCAAGAUUAGAGGUUAUGGGAAAUCAAUUACAGGCAUGUUCAAAGAAUCAAACAGAAGACAGUAUACGAAAAGAGCUUAUAGCAUUACAAGAAGACAAACAUAACUAUGAGACAACAGCCAAAGAGUCCCUGAGGCGGGUCCUUCAGGAGAAAAUUGAAGUGGUCAGAAAACUGUCUGAAGUGGAGCGGAGUUUAAGUAAUACAGAAGAUGAAUGUACUCACCUGAAAGAAAUGAAUGAGCGGACUCAGGAAGAAUUAAGAGAAUUAGCUAAUAAGUACAAUGGAGCUGUAAAUGAAAUUAAAGAUCUUUCUGACAAGCUAAAGGUAGCAGAAGGAAGACAAGAAGAAAUCCAACAGAAAGGACUGGCUGAGAAAAAAGAAUUGCAGCAUAAAAUAGAUGAAAUGGAGGAGAGAGAGCAAGAGCUUCAAGCAAAAAUAGAAGCUUUGCAGGCUGAUAAUGACUUCACCAAUGAGCGGCUAACUGCUUUACAAGUACGGUUAGAACACCUUCAAGAGAAAACUCUUAAAGAACACAACAGCUUAGGCAUACAAGUUGACGACUUCAUACCUAAAAUUAAUGGGAGCACAGAGAAAGACAAGAUCAUAGAUGAAGGACAUCUAACCAAAGUGGAAGAAACAAAGCUUUUGAAAGAGAAUCAAGCAAGAGUCAAAGAAUCUGAUUUGUCGGACACUCUUAGUCCAAGCAAGGAAAAAAGCAGCGACGACACUACAGAUGCCCAAAUGGAUGAGCAAGAUCUAAAUGAACCUAUCGCUAAGGUAGCUCUUCUAAAAGGUAAGCAAAUUUAUUUUUUUUCCAUCACUGUGAGAAAUGCUUCUGUUAGUUUGCACCUGUUAUGGUCCAGAGGGAGAGGGGGAAGCCAAGCCUUGCCUGGCAGCAAGCCGAUUGGCAGUAGCAAACUUGCACUUAAUAGCAACCUUCAGCACGCUCCCUUGGAGCUGGCUGGCGUCGCGCAGCCGCAGGGCUGGGGCGGUACGUGGCGGGUGUGCUGCCUGCCAGGGCUGGCGCUGCUGUCAGGAGCCCGUCUGCAGGAGG